AUGUUUGGGCUCACGAGCCUGGUCAGCCCACCGGGUUUUCGCUGCGACCCCCGCUUUUCCAGUGCAGACCAUGCCCUGCUGGGUCGAAUCUUACCUGACCACCAAGAACACGUUCUUGGACUGCAAGUGACCUCGGUCUCCUCCUCGACAGGCUCCACGGCGGGGCCCGGCUGCGACCUGCGCGACGACGCGCAGGAGGCCGAGCUGCGCGACGACGACGAGGCCGAUGGUCCGUCGCAGACUCGCCUCAUCCGCCUCCGCCCGCAGCGCUGCCCGGGCGGGCCCUCCGCGGCCGCCUCGCCGCCCGGGCCGCCCCCGCGCACGGGCGCCGCGUCGACCAAGGUCUCGCUGUGA